AUGGAUUCAGAGGGCGAGAUUGUUUGUGUCACAGGAGCUGGCGGUUUCAUCGGGUCGUGGCUUGUCAUGAGACUCUUGGAGCGCGGCUAUACGGUUCGAGCAACCGUGCGCGACCCAGCUAACAUGAAGAAGGUGAAGCCUUUAUUGGAAUUGCCAGGUGCAAAGACGCAUCUGUCUCUGUGGAAAGCUGACCUUGCUCAAGAGGGAAGCUUUGAUGAAGCCAUUAAAGGAUGCACCGGAGUUUUCCAUCUGGCCACUCCCAUGGAUUUUGAGUCCAAGGACCCUGAGAAUGAGGUAAUAAAGCCUGCGAUAAAUGGAAUGCUAGACCUCAUGAAAGCAUGUUUGAAGGCGAAAACCGUACGAAGAGUGGUAUUCACAUCGUCUGCUGGAACUGUUUCCGUUACAGAGCACCAGAAGCCUGUCUUCGAUGAGAAUUGCUGGAGUGAUGUUGAGUUCGGUCUGAGAGUAAAGAUGACAGGCUGGAUGUAUUUCGUUUCUAAGACACUGGCGGAGAAAGAAGCAUGGAAAUUUGCCAAAGAGAACAACAUGGACUUCAUCUCAAUCAUUCCAACGCUUGUGGUUGGCCCCUUUCUUACAUCAAUAAUGCCACCUAGCCUAAUCACCGCUCUUUCCCCCAUCACCGGUAACGAGGCCCAUUAUUCGAUCAUGAAGCAGGGCCACUUCGUUCAUAUAGAUGACCUUUGUCUUGCCCACAUAUUCCUGUUCGAGCAUCCAAAAGCGGGAGGGAGGUACAUAUGCUCCGCCUAUGAUGCCAAUAUACACGACAUAGCAAAAUUGCUCAAGGAAAAAUACCCAGAUUACAAUGUCCCCACAAAGUUCGAAAAUAUUCCGGAUCAAUUGGAGGUUGUUCGCUUUUCUUCCAAAAAGAUCACAGACAUGGGGUUUCAGUUUAAAUACAGCUUAGAGAAUAUGUUCACAGGAGCCGUUGACGCAUGCAGAGAAAAAGGGCUUAUUCCUAUCCAAAAUGGCUAA